AUGACACAGUCAUCCUUCCUUCUAUUGAUCCACUUCCUUUUCUCUAACAUAACCCAAAAGGAUGGAAAGGAGCCUCCAGGACCCACACCACUUCCCGUGUUUGGGAACUUCCUGCAGCUGUACCUGAAGAAAAUGGAUGUCACGUUACUAGAACUAUCCAAACAAUUUGGAUCUAUUUUCACCAUCUAUCUGGGGACCAAAAAAGUGGUGGUCCUGGUAGGAUACAACGCAGUAAAGGAGGCACUUGUUGACUAUGCUGAAGUGUUUGGAGAAAGGGAUCCAACACCAAUUCUCGAUGAGCAUUUUCAAGGACAUGGUGUUGUAUGGGCUAAUGAUGACACAUGGAAAGAGAUGAGGCGCUUUUCAAUAAAGAACCUGAAGGACUUUGGAAUGGGAAAAAAAGAAUUUGAGGACAAAAUCAUUGAGGA